AUGGCUGCUAAAACUGAACUUGCGAGCUGGCCAGAGUACUCAGAAGACUUUGCACUUUGGGAGCAGCAAAACUUGGCGGCCCACAUCGACUCCAAGUCUUGGAUAACUCCACCCGGGCGCUCCGCGCAUCCCGUCCUGGCCCACUCCGUGCGGGGCGGCAUACGCGGAUCUGCAGGAACGUCCCCGGAGAGGAGGUUCGUGUCCGUCGCUACGCAGCCGGAGCAAACGGCCGGCGGUGUUACGGCGGAGGUGGACGCAGACAACCCCGCGGAGGGACACGGGGGCCGCGAAGCCGGUCCUCUGAGACACAGGCGCGUGGCAGCGAACGCGAGGGAGAGGAGAAGGAUGCACGGUCUGAACAAAGCCUUCGACCAACUUAGGAGCGUCAUCCCCUCGUUGGAAAACGAGAAAAAGCUUUCCAAAUACGACACCCUGCAGAUGGCACAGAUCUACAUCACCGAGCUGUCGGAGCUCCUGGCCGGCGUCGUGCAUCCGGAGCGCAGGAGCUGCCGACCCUGCGCUGCGGACCACGCUUGCAGAAGGAGUCUGAUAGAGACCAUCUGCGCAACAUCAGGGACCACGAUGAGGAGUGAACUUUCUUACUCGCUGAAUUCCCCACAGACCCCGCAUCCACUGACCGGGGAGCGGUGCGAGACCCCCCACGCCCCCGUCGGUCACCUCAUCAUUCUGGCGACACCCAAAUCUGAUUCGGGAUCAGUUGGUAAAACAAUAUCUCCUUCUUCCACGAGCAGUGACGGGGAGUCUUCCCAUCUCAGCGACAUAGAAGAUGGCCAGAAUGGAGGACAGUGAGCGAGAACUCAGACUCAGAUUGUGUAUGUAUGUGAUACAAGUCACCAGGUGAACCUGAUGGCUCUGGAACAGGUUUACUCGUGUCGUGUGGAGGUUGCACAGCCAAAAGUAGGAUGCGAAAGAAGCGAAGUACAUCUGCACACACAACCAGAUGAGGCAUUUUUAACGUGUGAGGCCAACAUGAGCCUUGCGUUGCACUUUAAACUUUGAUAUAGUUUUGAACCAACAGCUACAUGUCCUGUUUAUGUAAUGUUUUUUUUUGUUUUCUAAAUUAAAAAACAAUUAUUUUGAUAUUUAUAUAUUUGUGUGUUUUGUAAGGAUUGUUGUU